AUGAUGCAUCAUAUCAUUUGUGCUUUGUUUCUCUUGUUUUUUUCAAUAGCGGUUCGUUCUGAACCAAUUGAUUAUAACAUUCGCGGUUUUAUAAAGCCUGGUUGGGGAUUCGUUCGAGAUAUAUUUCGAGACAAUUUUGUACAGGAACGAGAUCUUGGUGCUUCCGUAGCUGCCUAUCAUCAAGGAUCAUUAGUCUUUGAAUUAGGAGGUGGAUGGUUUGAUCAAUCGCAAACCAAACCUUAUGAUAUCAACACCUUGCAGUUGGUCUUCUCAACUACGAAAGGUCUAGUUGCUGCAGCCGUAGCACUGGCUGUUCAGCAGGGUCUUCUCGAUUAUUCGGCCUUAGUAACUAAAUAUUGGCCUGAAUAUGGACAAAAUGGAAAAGAAAAUACAAAGGUAUCUGAUAUUCUCUCACAUCGAGCUGGUCUACCAGAUAUAAACGAACCAUUCGAAACGUAUAUGAAUUGGACAGUCAUGAUUCAUAAAUUAGAAAAGAUGGCACCAUCAUGGCCACCUGGAUCAGCGCAUGGCUAUCAUGCAUUGACCUAUGGAUGGCUUGCUGGUGAACUCAUUCGACGCGUUGAUCCAAAGAAGCGAUCUUUGGGUCAAUUUGUUAAAGAGGAGAUUUCGGAUUUAAUUAAUAUCGACUUCUCUAUUGGCCUACCUGAAAAUAGGGAACAUCUCGUAUCACCAUUAGUAUUGGGUAAAGCCAUGAUAAAUGGCGCCAAUGAAUCUGACCUUAUUCCAUUGACUCAAUUUAAUGAUCCUCGUACACAUAGAGCAGAAAUACCGGCAGCAAACGGAAUAGCUACUGCUCGGUCUGUCGCUAGACUCUAUUCAGGAUUAAUUGGUGAUUUAGAUAAUGGAGGAUUCAAACGAAUAUUAAACGAAGAUACUCUAAAAUUAGCUACUCGAUCGAACACACUGAAAGACGAAAUUGAUUUAUCCAUGCAAAUAAAAAAUUCUUUUGCUAUGGGAUUUUUACUAUAUGAUGAGAUUUUACCACAGUUUGGAGCAAACAGUUUUGGCCAUGGGGGUUUUGGUGGAAGCAUCGGUUUUUGCGCACCAUCAAAAAAUUUCUCAUUCGCUUUUGCAAUGAAUCGACUAGAUGUGGAAUCUGUUAAUGACCAACGUAUUGGGCCCAUGUUGAACAGAAUUGCUGAAUAUCUCAAUUAA